UGCAGCCAGUCACUUGUGCCAGCUCGAGCAGCAGCCCUCCAGGCUAGCUAGCCGCCAAAGGAACACACGCUGACACAGACACGCACAGAGCAAAUGGACGAGACGCAGGUUGUGGAGCACUUGGUGCUUUGGCUCAUCCAGCCCCAAACGCGCGACCAGGCACUUCUCGAGCUCAGCAAACGGCGCGAGACGUUUCCGGACCUGGCCUGCUACCUCUGGCACAGCUUCGGCGCCAUAGCGGUGCUGCUGCAGGAGAUCGCGGCGACCUACCCGAUGCUCUCGCCGCCCGCGGUGGCCGCCCAUGUGUCCAACCGCGUCUGCAACGCGCUGGCGCUGCUGCAGUGCGUGGCCUCACACAGCGCCACGCGCAUCCCCUUCCUGCAGGCCAACCUCCCCGUCUUCCUCUACCCCUUCCUGGCCAUCGAGAGCAAGGCCCGCCCGCUCGAGUACCUGCGCCUGACCAGCCUGGGUGUGAUUGGCGCGCUGGUCAAGGCGGAUGAGACGCCCGUCAUUAGCUUCCUUCUGGGGACCGAGAUUGUGCCGCUGUGCCUGAAGGUGAUGGAGAUUGGUACGGAGCUGUCCAAGACCGUGGCCACCUUCAUUAUGCAGAAGAUCCUUCUGGACGACGUGGGCUUGAACUACGUCUGCGCCACUCCCGAGCGCUUCUUCGCCGUCACCGGGCUGCUGGGGGCGCUGGUUGCCGGCGGCAAGGGCGGCGUCUGCGCAGGUGCCGGCGGCGCCAAUGGCAGCAACCACUCUCUCGGCGCGCUGUCCGUGGCGCCUCAGCAACCACAGCACCAGUACCGCCCGCAGCUGUCAGACCAUCAGCACUUGGAACAGUACAACUACCAGCACCAGCACCAGCACCAGCACCAAGAGCAGCCGCACCACCAGCAGCAACUGCAGCAACUGCAGCACCAGCAGCAGGAGCCGUACAGCAACGGGCACAUGGCGAAUGGCGGGCAGCGGCAGCUGGCCCCGCAUGCGAACGCUUCCGGCGGCGACGGCGGCGGCGGCGGCGGCGGCGGUCAGCCCAGCCAGCGGCUGCUCAAGCACAUCAUCCGCUGCUACCUGCGCCUGUCCGACAACCCGCGCGCCCGCAGCGCUCUGCGCUCCUGCCUGCCGGAGGCGCUGGUCAACCCGGCCGCCGCCGCCGCCACAGCGGGGCUCAUCGGGGCUGACAACCCCUCACGCAAGUGGCUGGCGCAGCUGCUCAUGAACGUGGGCUUCUCCGACUCGGCCGCGGCACUGGGUGCGCCCGACGUGGUGCAGCCAUCGCCCGUCAUGGGCGCGUGAGGGGCGUGAGCGGCGUGGCCUGGCCAGGCGCCAUAGCCUGCUUGGCGGAGCGAGGGCGGGAGGGUGUGUGUGCGACGGUGGUGGUGGAGGGUGCCGUCGUCGUGGCGGCUGGCGAACUGGGCUCAGGGGGAGGCGGAGGGCGAGGCGCAGGGAAUUGAGCCCUGGCAUGUCACAUUGCUGGACUGGGAUUUGGGAUGGUACAAGAAAAAAUCAGUGGAGAGGAGGUUGUGCUGAGGAGGCGGCAGGGCUGGCAGGGUUGCCGAUAUGUGUGUGCUUGUGGCUGCAGCGGACCAAAUGGAGCCGAUCCUGAC